AUGGCUCGCGCUCCCUUCGUUGUCCCCGCGCUCAAGAAGCACACCGCUACCGUCAUUAUGGCGCACGGAUUGGGAGACAGUGGACAGGGAUGGAUGGCCCUCGCCCAGAACUGGCGCCGUCGCGGCAAGUUCGAAGAGGUGGCCUUCAUCUUCCCCAAUGCGCCCUCAAUCCCCAUCACAGUCAACUUUGGCAUGAGCAUGCCAGGAUGGUACGACAUUGCCAAGCUCGGCCGCGACUUGAACUUCGAGGAAAGCGUCCGCUCACAAGAUGAGCCGGGUAUUCUCCGCUCCCGCGAGUACUUCGAUACACUUAUCAAGGAGGAAAUGGACAAGGGCAUUAAGGCGUCGCGCAUCAUCAUCGGUGGAUUCUCUCAGGGCGGUGCGAUGUCUGUGUUCUCCGGAUUGACUAGCAAGGAGAAGCUCGGUGGUGUCUUUGGUCUCUCUUGCUACCUGCUGCUGAGUGAUCGCAUCAAGAACUACCUGCCCGAGGAGUGGGCCAACAAGAAGACUCCCUUCUUCCUCGCUCAUGGAGAGGAUGAUGAGGUUGUGCCCCUCGCAUUCGGCCAGAAGUCCGCGGAUCUGGUUAAGGAGAUUGGAUUGGAGAAUGUUUCAUUCAACAAAUACCCUGAUCUCGGCCACUCCGCCGAUCCCCAGGAGAUUGACGAUUUGGAGAAGUUCCUGGAGAAGUCUCUUGCUGAUAACGCUACUGCUGGCCUAUGA